AUGGCACGACUUGGACUAUCCGACAGUAUGCGCUCCAAUGCGUCGCUAAAGGACACGAAACCUCUGCAAGAAGCAAAGAAAUUUCAAGAUUCACGUCAGGCACACACAGAAAUAAGUGCUGAAACGUGUAAAAAGCACGAGGUGAAGCCAAAGUGCACGUCAUUUGUGGUCUCUAACCCGUUGCCGAUUGUUGUAGGCAGCAUAGUGGCCAUUAUGUUGCUUUACAAAGGUGCUAAAGAGCCUGCUACGCCCUUACGUGCCACGAAGAGGAGCAUGAUGCAGGUUGAAGAGCAAUUGGAACAGCUGGAGAGGAGAAUCUCUCUUUUAUAUAGAGAUACGACAAGACUCAAGACGACAGCCGAUCACUUCCUCCAGCAGUGCCAGGAGACACACCUAGCGGUCUCUACAAGAAAUAAAAUACUGCAAAAUACAGCUAUGAGAAGCUUUGGUGAGCAGAUGAAGACGCAGAUGAAGGAGCAUGUGCAGGUCACGAGAGAGGUGCUGCAGUACUACGCGGCGCAGAAGCAAAUGAUCAAAGAAACGAGCGAGCGGCUGACGAGAUUGAAUAUCUCAUUUCCAAUGGAGAUUGCAGUAAAUCUGGCAUAUAACGUCAGUCAAGAUAAGCAGCAGAUGAUACAGGGCAAAGAAGAAGGGCUGGAGAGAGAUGAUACUCUAGCACGUGGACUGUCGGACGCCAUGAAAGGGCUUUUGCUUUUUGCAGAGAAAGCUCAGCACAAUGAAAGCGACUACGAACGAUCAAGUAUAGAGAGCAUAACGAUUGAGACGGGUAUACACUUGGAGAGAAACAGCCGACAAACGACCAUGGGGCAGUCGACUUUGCAUGGAUUGAUAUUCUUUUACAUCUUUGUGGUCUGUGCGUCUAUAAUUUAUCUGUGGAAUGUCAAUUUGAAUACAAGGAAGAAGAAGCUGCUGAAAAACAAAUGGUUGCGGUCUCGUGUUCCGAAGGUUGUAAGUCAAUUGAAGAGGUUGCUGGGAUCUGUUGUGGUCAUCGAAGACCUACGAGCGCAAAGUGACGAGGACGUCUCCCAUAAAUUGCUGGAGCGCAUUGAGCCCAUCGAAUUGUGGCAACUGCAACCUUUUCGCUCAUUUAACACGAAGUGUUGUCUUGUACAUGUAAUUUUGAAAGACGACAGGGAUACUGGGAUACUAGAUCGGACUUCGACUUCGUCACGCCGGUCAAAAUAUUUCUUGAUUUCAAUCAUCGUCAUAUUCUACUCCUGA